CCCAAUUGUCAUUGUUUAUAGUGUGUCAUCACCGCACUCGGUAGGUGCGUCCUGCUCUCAUUUGGGACGAUUAGCAUUUUUGUCGGGCUCGCUCUAUUUAAAAUUAGGUUUCGCUCGGUAACGCGGGGAACUUUUUGAUGCAAACGAGAAGGAGAGAAACAAAAGCUGUUUUAUGCGGGUUGCAUACAGCCAGAGGAUUUUUUUUUCUCUUGGUUGUGUGUGCAGGCUGGAAGUUUGCGAGGAGACUUUGAGGGGAGGUGCGCGGGCGCCGAGGCUGCUUCCCUUGCAUUUGGCGUUGCCGGUGGAGAUUUAACUCCAAGGCUGGGGGAGUUGUCACUGGAACUGAGCGGAUUCCCGGACCCGGGAGCGUGCAACAGCGUCGGGGGCGUGAGAGGACAUAACAUCACAAACACUCUCUCUACUGGGGAAUAACCGCAACGGUGAGGCGGGGGGCGGGGGGAGAAAGGAAAAGUUUUUUAUUUCCACGGGAGUGACCCUGAAAUUGCAAGAGGGGACCGGGAGGAUGGCCAAAGACCACCUGAAACCCCGCUUGUGUCAUAUGAUAAAAGGGGAAAACGGCUAUGGUUUCCACUUGCACGGCGAGAAAGGCAAAAACGGCCAGUACAUCCGAAAAGUGGAGCCCGGCUCACCGGCGGAGGCAUCGGGUCUGUACGCCGGGGACAGGGUGGUCGAAGUUAACGGCGAGAAUGUGGAGAAGGAGACGCACCAUCAGGUUGUACAGCGGAUCAAGGCAGUGGAGAAUGAGACCAGACUGCUAGUGGUGGAUAAGGAGACCGAUGAAUACCUGCAUAAUCAAUGGCUCGCUGGUACAGAGGACUAUGGCCAGAGCCUCCCACCAGAUAAGACCAAGGAUAAUGGUGAAGUAUGGAAACCGCAAGUAGUCCUGAGCAGUGGCGAGCCUACAAGAUUAUCAAACAGGUCCAUUGAUAGCAACAAAAAGAGCUUGAAUGCUGUGAGUGCCGCUUGGCUAAACCAGAAUGCUGUGGAGUUGGGUGAAAACAGACAGUUGCAACAGGCGAGUGUCUUGGCCCAACUAUCUUCAGCUGCUUCUUAAUGAUCUUCCUUCCAUCAAUAAAGUUAGAAGCAAGAAUGUGCAGUCAUCAGCAAAUAGUGUUCAGCACCAUUUCAUCCAUGGUCAAAUGCAUCAAGACCUGGGCAAAAUAUCCAGCCUUGUAACACUUUGUGCCCCACAAGUUCCAGAUGAUAACCAUUUCUGACAACAGAGAAUGUAACCCUCCAUUGAUUGCUACCAUCACUGCCCCGCUAUCAACAUCCUAGGGGUUACCAUGACUAGAAAUGGACCUAGACAAGCCAUAUAAAUACAAUGGCUGGAAGAGCAGGUCAAAGAUUAGGAAUACUGCAGGAAAUAACUCAACUACCAGCUUCCCUAAAGCUUGUCCACCAUCUACAAGACAUGUCAGGAUGGAAUACUCCCU